AUGAGUCCCAGCAUCACCACUGAGGCAAACCAGCCUCUCCCUGCCAGGUCCACCGUGGCCCAGAGAAAACAAGCCAACGAAAUGAGAAAGACUCUUAAACCCUUGCUGGAAAAGAGAAGACGUGCUCGUAUCAAUGACAGUCUCAGUCAUUUGAAAAGCCUGAUUCUUCCUCUGGUUGGCAAAGAUAACGCACGCUACUCCAAGCUGGAGAAAGCUGAUAUUCUGGAAAUGACCGUCCGUUUCCUCAGAGACCUUCCUUCCACUCCAGUUAAAGACUCCGCAGACAGUUACAGAGAAGGCUACAAAGCCUGUCUCCAGCGCGUCUCCGCUCUGCUUCCCAAAACGAGCCUGGACCAGGAAGCGUGCCAGCGGGUGAACGACUUUGUCCAGCAGUCCACGUCCGCCACCGUCACCCCAACCUGCCUGAACUGCUGCGCUCAGAGCUCAAGGGCUUUCCCUCAGAUCCAACAAAGACUCCUGAGCCUAAAAUCCAGCUUCAGCUCCAGACCUGACAGCCAGUCCCACAGAGACGCAGUAGCUCCCAGCCGAGGGCAGCCAGGCCCGCAGGCUGUCAGCGCUGCCAUGUGGAGACCCUGGUAGUGAUUUGAUAGACAUUCAUCUCACGCACAUUAUUUAUUUUGUGAUGUCAUUUAUGCUAUUUGUAUUCCAGUAACUAAUAGUGAGAAAUAAUUGUUGGAGUUGCUGUAAAAUGAUUUAAUUCAGCAUUUUGCGUUUAAUGCUACAAGGAAAGGUGCACAGAUCUCAUAGAAACUGAAAUAUAUGAACUUUUAAAAUGCAAUCCUCUUUGGGGUUUCAAAGACAUACAUAACACUUUUGUAAAACCCCAAGGGUUAUUUUGUUUGAGGUUUGCACGAUGGACUUAAAGGUAUUUUGG